AUGCUGAAGACGUACGCAAAGCCCAAGCCCGAGUUGCGCCAGCUCUCGCCCGUACGGCAGUACUCGCAGCUCUGCGUUGCACUAGGGUUGUACAACUCGCCGGCGGCAGAUUUCCUGUUGCUGAGAUCCCUGCGAUUAGAAUAUGUCAAGGGAGACAAGCUGUACAUGAAGAUCCAGAAACCAGGCAGGGCGUGUGGUGGCUGCAUGACGCCGUUGAAGGUCAAGGUCGUAAAGAAGAGUAGGGUUGCAAUGUGUGCCACCGGUUCCAGUGCCUGGCAAUGUGCCGGUUACCAUCGAGGCGAACGUCGAGAAUUGUACGAUGAAGAGUAA